AUGUCAGUCUCCAGCUAUCUUCAAUGGGUGAAUUGAAAAAAGCAACAGGAGUCUCAUAAGAAAAAAAUUGAAGAAAUUCAACGAUCUCAUUCAUCAUUAGACAAUUUGCCUCCAAAGCGAUAUAAUCACUGCUAUAAUUCCAAAUCUUUAACUGAUAGAUGUAACUUCCAUAUAGUUCUAAACGAAAAAAUAUCAAAAGAAAACUCAGCAAUGCUUAGCAGACUUUCAUCAAUAAUUAAUUCGCCACCUAAUGUCCAGAUUAGCCAAGGAAAUAAUGAGCUGGGUCUUUGGUCUCAAACUUGUAAAGCAGAAAAAAGGAGAAAACUUUCAUUUGAUAACAUCGCUCUAGCGAAGAGAAUAAUUAACACCAAAAGCCAAAUAAAUUUCAGUAAAUUUGAAGAAGAGUAUAAACAAUCAGUAAAAUAUAGUGAUAUAAGAAGAAAAAGAAAGAAUAAGUUAAGUACUGAUAGCCAAAACUUGGUGAUCUUAGUAAAAAACGAGCUAAAGGCAAUGCAAUAA